GGAAGGGAAUCUGACAGUAUUUCCGGGUCAAGAAGCAGUAUACAGCACUGGUGUACACAGGUUUCCACGUGAGUCUUCAAAACGGCUUUUCAUGACGAAGUGGUUUUCGUGUCUGAGAAGACCGGAAGAUACAACACCGCUGAGAAGAUCUUUAUUGAUCAGGCUCAACGUCUGGCCCUACAGAGGGAGAUAGACAAGGAAUCCCAGCCCACGGUAUCAGUCAGAUCACUGAUGGUCCGAGCCGACACUGGCAACAAGAUGGUUACCAUGAAGAAGAAGAACAAGAACAGUGGGAAGGACACCCACACUGAGGAAGAGAUCUCAGAAAACACUUCCGUAAACCUGGGGAAUAACGAAGGAGUGAAGAGGAAAAAGAAGAAGAAAGCAGAGACUCCGGUAGAAGAAGAGCAGGUGUCUUCCAAUGGGGAUGGAGGGAAUACGGAAGGAGAGCAGGAGAAAAGGAAAGUAAAGAAGAAGAAGAAGUUGUUGGCGGGGUCUGGGACCGACACCAACGGUGAGGAAGCCAUGACUACCGGAAAUGAUGGAGGGAGCGGACAGAAGAAGAAAAAGCAGAAAGGUGCUAACACUGUUAAAACGGAGGACGAGGCAGAACAGAGUGAAUUAAAGGAGGAGAAAGGAGGAGUGGAAAAUGGGCAGAAGCUGAAAAAAAAGAAGAAGCUCUCUCCGGCAGAAGAGACGGAGGUCAGCGUUGUCCAGGUAGAGGAAGGAGAGGUGGUAGUAAUGAAGAAAGGCAAGAAAAAGAAGGGAAAAACAGAGGAAGAAAAGAAAGAAGUGAAAAAGAUCCCUAAAGCUGCUGAACCAACUGAGGGGAGUCAGGAGGAAGAAGAGGGGGAGACGAAGAAGAAGGGUAAGAAGAAAGGAGAGACAAAAGAGAAAGGGAGCGGAGAGGCAGAGAAAGAAAUGGUAGUAAAGAAGAAGAAGAAGAAGGAGCAUCGGCAGAGGCUACAGUAGCAGUAC